AUGCCCCCUGCAUCCAUGGUUCUUCCUCAUCAACCCGCAGGGUACCUGGAGACCCCUGCCACCGAAAGCUUCAUACACAAGCUUCAGCUCAGCGUCUCCAAGGGCCUUCCUCACGCGGCGCCGGCGCCGGCCUCGAGGACGGACGAGCAUGAGCUGGUAAGGGUCAAAAGUGUCUUCCAAGUGCUCCAGGGUUUCGACACGCACUUGCUCUACUGGGACAAGAAUGUGCCGGCGUACUGCAAGAAACCGGGGACGUAUGUGUCGCAUCUGUCGCGGGCAAGCCUUGGCUCCGUGCUCAAGCCCUUUCUGUUCGCCGCGACAUGCUUGAAGCGAGUGGAGCUCUUUGUUGGGAAGGUUAGGUCGUGCGGUCGUGGGACUCCGACAUUGAGUGCGUUUGCUAGUGCGGUCGAUUCAUGGCUUAUGAGGCUCCGGGAAGCAGCUCUGAAGGAGGAAGAGAAGUCGUUUGUUUCUGUUGAUCGGACUGUGACUCUUCUGGCUUUAACUGAUUCUAUGUCAAGUUUAUGUUUGGGAGCAGAACAUCUGUAUCAAGUUGUGCAUGGAGCUCUGCCAGACGGCUUUUGGGGUUCUGGAGCAAACAUUGCAUCUAGUGAAGUGGCAGUCCAUGUUGUGAACCAUAUUUUUAAAAAGUUAAAUGAAGUCUGUCUUGUGGAAGAUGGCGAGGGUGAGCCAUAUCAUAUGCUGCUAGUGAUAUUUGCUGGAAGCUUGUUACCUUAUCUUCAGUGCCUUGAUUCCUGGCUUUAUGAUGGUAUUCUUGAUGACCCUUAUGAAGAGAUGUUCUUUUAUGCAAAUAAUGCAGUUACGAUAGAUCAACCGGCCUUUUGGGAAAUGAGCUAUAUGCUCAGAGUAAGAGGAUCACGAUCUGAUAAUUCAUCAACUCUAACUGAUAGUGAGUCUAUCAGGACAAAGGAAUCAAGCAAACAGGAACCAAGUAACACAGGAGCUUGCUUGAAAGCCACUAAUCAAGGUUACGUGGAUAUACUGUGCCCGGUGUUCUUGAAGGAUAUCGCAAGGGCCAUUGUAUCUGCUGGAAAAUCAUUUCAGCUUGUUCAGCAUGCUCAAAGCACACACCAUACUCGAACUAGUGUCACAAAUGGUUUUGACAUCGAUCAGCGUUCCAAUCACAUUAGUCGACAAAAUUGGCCAGACAUAUUAAGCUCUGAAAUCCAAAAUGGGCAUCUAAGAUGUGAAGGUGCUCUUACUAAUUCUACAGGUCAGUUUGGACAUGAUGCUCGCGAAAUGGGGGUGUUAACUUUGUCUGAGAUUUUCUUGAUAUGCUUAUCUGGUCUGUUGGAAAAUGGUGAUCAUGUUUAUGAAUACUUAAGAGGGCUGCGUACUGGUAGUGCUCCAGAUAUCCAAGCUUUUCUGGAAUGUAAGAGUGAGGAGGCAUGUGCAGAAAAUAACUCCGAAAAGACUUGGUUAAAGCUCCUAAGAGAUGCUAUCUCAGGAAGAAAAUAUGAUGAUAUGGAGAAAACCUUGUCCAAAGAUGCUGUUACGAGGGAUCCAAUAUCUGUUCAGGGAUACCUGCAAGGUGUAUCUUCCAAUGCAGUAGAAAUGCCUUUCAGUCCAUGUUGCUAUGAAAAUCCAGCCAUCACUGCUUGCGGAAAUGUACUGCAGAGGAAUCCAAAUUCUUGGAGUGAUUUGAAUAUCUCUACAAGUUUUGACCUUCCUCCGUUGAAUGAUGAUAACAUGCGGAGAGCUAUAUUUGGCGAUCUCCAAUCUGCUGGAACUAGCACCUGUGGCGAUACACAACCUACAUCAUCUUUUCCCAGACUAGAUGGAACUGAUUUUAAAUUUGGUUUCCGGUUUGAUGAUUUGGAAUAUGUUCGCCAAGAGGAUGAUAGAAGGACCCUCGAGGAACUUUAUGCAUUUCCGACUCUUCUUCCUUGUGCAAAUGAAAAUGCCCCAUUGUCGGAGAUUUUACCUUUGCAGAAAGAUAGUACACUUGCAUCAAGAGUUCUGAAGUUUAUUCAGAGCAUGAGUUUGAAAGACCCUCUGCAUCCAGUGGGUAUUAUCCAAGAAUGCCUGUCUAAAUGUAUAAAGAAACAGGUGGAUCACAUCGGCAAGCAAAUCCUGUGCAAGCUAAUGGGUGAAUGGAGAUUAAUGGAUGAACUGCUUGUAUUACGAGCUAUCUAUUUGCUAGGAUCAGGUGACAUGCUGCAGCAGUUUCUGAUAACAAUUUUUGAUAAGCUCGAUAAAGGAAAUUCCUGGGAUGAUGAUUUUGAGUUGAAUACUUUGUUGCAGGAAUCCAUAAGAUAUUCAGCUGAUAAAAUGCUCCUAACUGCUCCAGAUUCGUUGGUUGUUUCAUUAGCAAAGCAUGACACACGAUAUGAUGAGGAAAGUGCACCAACUUCCAGAAAAGGUCGUGCACAGGGUUUCGGCAUUGAUGCACUUGAUGGCCUUAACUUCACGUAUAAGGUGUCUUGGCCCCUUGAUCUAAUUGCCAAUACACAGGCUCUGAAGAAGUAUAAUAAGGUCAUGGGAUUCUUACUGAAAGUCAAGCGUGCAAAGUUUGUUUUGGACGAAACUCGAAAGUGGAUGUGGAAGGGCAGAGGCAGCACGGCACAUAAUUUUAAACAACACUUAAUAGUAGGGCAGAAGCUCCUGCAUUUUGUCGAUGCAUUUCAUCAAUAUGUCAUGGAUCGAGUGUAUCAUAGUGCCUGGACUGAGCUUUGUGAUGGCAUGGCAUCCGCUACUACAUUGGACGAAGUCAUGGAAGUUCAUGAGGCAUAUCUUUCUUCUAUUCAGAGACAAUGCUUUGUGGCCUCGGAUAAGUUGUGGGCUCUGAUUGCCAGUCGAGUCAAGACUAUACUAGGAUUGGCGCUAGACUUCCACAAUGUGGAGCAAACUCUUGGCACCGGUGGGACUGCCGCAUCUGUUAGGGCAAGAUGCGAGAUGGAGUUGGAUCGUAUCGAGAAGCAAUUUGACGAGUGCGUCGUGUUCCUCUUGAGGAUCCUAUCUUUCAAGCUCAACGUGGGCCACUUUCCCCAUCUCGCGGAUUUGGUCACGAGGAUCAACUACAACCACUAUUACAUGUCUGACACUGGAAGCUUCACUGCGAUCCCUGGGUCCCGCCCUCGGCAGCAGCCUUGA